UUUGGAGCGCUGCAGACGGAGGAGUGGGGACUGUUCAUGCACAUCUGCGACGUGAUCAACGCGUCGGAGGAGGGGCCUAAAUACGCAGUUAAAGCACUAAAGAAAAAGCUUACCAAAAACUGCAACCAUACGGAGAUCAGGCUUACCCUGUCUCUGCUCGGCAUGUGCAUAGAGAACUGUGGCCCAAGAUUCCAGUCUUUAGUUGUGAAGAAAGAUUUCUGUAAAGACAAGAUGGUGAAACUACUGAAUCCAAGAUACAAUCUGCCCAUUGACAUGCAGGAGAAAAUCUUGACCUUUAUCAUGACGUGGGCUCGAGGUUUCCAAGGAAUGGUGGAUGUGAGUGAAGUAAAAGAAGUUUAUCUAGAAUUGCUGAAGAAAGGAGUGGAGUUUCCAUCCUCUGACGCCAGCCGAGAGGGACCUAAGACUUCAUCUCAGCAUUCUACAAAGUCAUCACCAUCUUCUGCUAAUCCUGCAAAACGUUCUUUACUGCCUCUUCCCACAGGCCCAACGUUACUGUUGUCUCCUGAGCAGAUUGGAAAACUGUACAGCGAAUUGGAUAUGGCAAAAGUGAAUGUGAGAGUCAUGUCAUCAAUAUUAAAAGAAAAUGUUCCUGGCUCUGAAAAUCCAGAUGAUAUGAAUCUUUUACAGAAACUGUAUAAGACCUGUCGGAUGAUGCAGGAGAGGAUCAUGGAACUGUUGGUGACAGUGGAGAAUGAAGAUGUGAUAGUUGAGUUAAUACAAGUAAAUGAAGAUCUGAAUAAUGUCCUCCUGGGACAUGAAAGGUUCUCUCGAAACAGAGUUCGGUUUUUGGAGAAUCAGAGAAUACAACGCGAACGCACAGAGCUGUACAGGAGACAGCCAUCUGCUCCCUCAAGUGAUCUACUUGACCUCUCCAUAAAUUCUCCAUCUCCUGUGUCAACAGUGGUGCAAAGUGACUCUGCAGUGUCUCCUUCAGGCUUUAAUGGCAUAUCUGCACACCCUGAAGAUAAAAAUGGGCAUUAUUCAUCAGUUUAUCCACAGCUAGAUUUAGCAACUACUACAAAAGCUCAGCAAUUCCCAUUUGCAACUGAAGCACAAAACAAUAGUGUAAGCAACCCAGCUGGAUAUUCAUAUAGCAAUUUGGCAACUAUUUUAAGCCCAGUGCCUUUGAAUCCAGUAAAUCUGCAGACUGGACAUACUACAUCAUUAAAUGGACUGUCACCAGCAGGUGCAUCAAAGAACAAGUCACAGUCACCUCAUUACUAUGCGAUAAUGGAAUUUGAUCCCUUGGCUCCCACUGACGUUGUUUAUGAAGAAAUUGAUGAUGUGCUGAAGACAGAUGUUAAAAAGAAUACAGAAUGCUGA